CCCGUUUUUGUCUUCGUUUAUUCUGAUUCUGUCUACAGCACCCUUCGUCCCUGCGCAGUCCUUUGAUUUUCAUACUCAGUAUAUUACACCCUUGUUCAGUAUACAACACGCUUGUUUAGUAUACUACACCCUUGUAUCAGAGCAGGUUGCUUCUCUGACCCUACAACUUGCCUGGCAACCCCACAACCUGUCACUAUCAAGUGUGUCUCUGUGGUACGUCGAACAAAAUGAACCCAACUUACAUCUUCGCGAUAGCUAUAUCGGCUCAAUAACAAGGUUAAUGAAUGCACUGGCAUGCAUACACGAGUACCUCUGCAACUACCUGGAUAUCGCUACUUCUGUUUGCGAUGUUACCGCACAUCAUGCCCGACUCCAUGUACUGUACAGCACAAUCGGAUGUAACUUCAUGAUGCUAACGGUUUAAGACGCACUCGCUCGCAGAUAGCAGAACAUCUUAACCCGUACUGUAUGAACUUCUCAACUGGUGUAGAUGCCUUUCACCUUCGAAAGCGGUUCCAGGCCGACUCAGCAAUGCAUGAAUCUUGUUGUCCAUGCGCAACGGUACACAUACAAUCUGCCUGCAUUGCAUCUCAACCACACCCGUAGUUUUUACACGGACUGUCACGAGACCUAAAC